AUGGCCCACCGCGGAGAAACCUUUCACAAAGAUGUGUGCUGCAUUGCUGAUCUAAAGAGAUUGGGAAGUGCUCGACUGGCUCCGAUGGUAAGAGACUAUUACAAUGAAGGAGCCAUGGAUUUGAUCACUCUCAACGAGAAUGAAACCGCCUAUGAUCGAUACAAGAUUCGUCCCCGAAUCUUAAAGAAUGUCGACAAGAUUGACACAAGCACAGAGAUCCUGGGCAGCAAGGUUGCUCUUCCAUUCGGUUUCAGUCCCGCCGCCUCAAUGAAACUAGCUCACCCAGACGGCGAACUCGCAACAUCACGCGCAGCCGCAAAAUAUGGCCUCACAAUGGGUUUAUCCUCGUACUCGAAUUAUCCACUUGAAGAUGUUGCCGCACAAGGAACGGGGAAUCCACAUGUGAUGCAGAUGUGUGUGCUUCGGGAUCGGUCACUUACGAUUCAGCUUUUGGAGCGGGCUGAGAAGGCUGGAUACAAGGCACUCUUUUUGUCGGUUGAUGUGCCCGUUCUUGGAAAACGGCUGAACGAAUACCGCCAUGAGUAUCGCAUUCCGGAAGAUAUGUCUUGGCCGAAUAUCUUGAGUCACGGUGGUGAUACCUCCGAUCGCACUGAUUACGACCCCAGCUUGGACUGGGAGAGCACAAUUCCUUGGUUGAGAGAGCAUACCUCUCUGAAGAUCUGGCUCAAGGGUGUGACCUCCCCCGAAGACGUAGAGCUAGCUAUAAAAUAUGGCGUCGACGGCAUUGUCGUCUCAAACCACGGAGGUCGUCAACUAGACGGCAUGCCUUCGACAUUGGAUGCCCUUCGCUCUUGCGCGCCAGUAGCCAAAGGCCGGGUCCCGAUUGCUGUUGACGGUGGAAUCCGUCGAGGCUCAGAUAUCUUCAAAGCUCUGGCUCUUGGGGCGGACUUCUGUUUCAUGGGGAGAAUCCCCUUCUGGGGCUUGGCUUAUAACGGACAAGAAGGAGUCGAACUAGCCAUCCGAAUUCUGCGCCAAGAGUUGCGUAUCACUAUGGCACUAGCCGGGUGCCGAACGAUCGGCGAGAUUCAGAAAAGCUAUCUUUCGGUUUUACUGCCAGAUGGUAUCCUCUCGAAGCUGUAG